AACAGAGUUAACAGAAUGACAGUCAAGAUGCAGAUCUUUGUGAAGACAUUGACUGGUAAAACCAUCACUUUGGAGGUGGAGCCCUCUGACUCCAUUGAAAAUGUGAAAGCUAAAAUCCAAGACAAAGAAGGCAUUCCACCAGAUCAGCAGAGAUUGAUUUUUGCUGGUAAACAGUUGGAAGAUGGUCGUACUCUUUCAGAUUACAAUAUUCAAAAAGAAUCCACUCUCCAUCUUGUACUCAGACUGCGUGGUGGUAUCAUUGAGCCCAGUUUGAGACAGCUCGCUUCAAAGUACAACUGUGAAAAAAUGAUUUGCCGAAAGUGCUAUGCACGUCUCCACCCUCGUGCCACAAACUGCAGGAAGAGGAAAUGUGGACACACCAAUAACUUGAGACCAAAGAAGAAGCUGAAGUAGAUGUGUUUCUUGGUCUACCUUCUGUGACUUACAUUGUUAACUAUUCUGUCACAAUAAAGUGAAGGUUACAAAGAAA